UCUCGCUCCUAUGCCUAUCCGUUUAAAUAUCGGCUUCGGAACUCCCAAGAGCCAAUGCAAGACACCCGCGGGUUAACCUAUUCUUAUGGAUCAAUCAUGAACUUCUGUUUCCCAACUCGUUUCUUGGCUUUUUUACCUCUUGAACAACUCUGGCUCCCAUCAAGCGAUGUUUGAGCACUGUUACCGCCGGGAUGCACUGCAACUUUGUCUUGACUGGAUUGCGGCUGUCUCGCCGCCUCAAGGGAACCUGCAUGGCGGCCACUAGUUUCCUGUGCCAUUGGGACGUGGUGGUUUGGCUUCUCUCUAGCUCCAUUUUAGUGCGGCUGGAAAGGUCCCCUGCUUUCCCUUCCCUUCCAAAGGCGCCUUCAAAAUGACGGCGAGGCUCUGCGCUGGGGCGCCGACUCGGUCCUGUUGGAUGUGAUCCUGUUUGUCUGUCUUUCCUCUCUCUCCCAACUCCCGAAGUGCAAGAGAUGGGCCGGCACGCUUGUCAUGGCGGCUCAGAAGCACGAUGACAGCGUCUUCACCAGAGCGUGGUGUGUGUUUGGGCUCGUGGUGAGCUGGAUUGUCGGAAUCGGCACGCUGCUUGCUGGUGGCAUCUGCGUGUAUUUGGAACAUCGAGAUGGCGCUGCUGCCCAUAUCGUACUGUCCCAUAUGUGGAGGGAAAUCCUUCCUCUAGGGCUUAAUAUUCUCGUCACCCUGCUUAACGAUAGCAUGGGAUACGUCCACACUUGCUCGCCCCGCUGGUCGUUACAACGUGAGGGCAAACUCGACUUCAACUCGAACCUGCGUCUGCUCACCGCGGCGAAGCACAGCCGCGCCAACGGCAUAAUACCAAACGCCGUGUAUCUCACUGGCAUCGUCAUUUCGUACGGAUCGACCUCGCUGAUCUUCCUGAGCUUAAACCCAGAGUUGGCUCGUUUACUAGACAAGGACUACGAUGACGCCGAUACUACCGGCGUCCACAUCAAUGCCGUUGCCGUCAUCACCCUCGGCGCAGGUUUUCUGCUACAAGCCCUCAUCACCAACUGGGCCCUGGCCGAGACGCACAUACCGACUUGGAGCUCCAAUCCCUUCGACGUUGUCCGAGCAUGCAUCAUCGACGAGCACGAUGGUCACCGCGUCGAGCCGAGGAUUGGCAGGUGCAUGAUGAGUGUCCAUCUGGCCAUGGAAGAUGCCAGGGCCUGCAAACCAAGGCCGAGGCAGAGCCCAAUGGUUGCCGCGCACCACCAUGUGAGAGGAAUUCUCAUCCUCCUCUGGAUCCUUCCGGUACUCGCAGGCAUCUGGGGUGGCGGCGUCUAUGGCCAUCUCUUGAAAGGUACUAAAAAUGGCGUCCUGGGGAGAUCAUGGUCACUCCUGCCGGUUUUCACCGGCAAAACCGACUCCAAUUGCAGCACCCGCCAGUGUACGGAUGGCACAUCUGUUGUCAACAUGGGGUGGAGUGCCCACGGAGCCGCUGGACUCGUGGGCUCCGUCUUCCUCAUCAUGGCCUUCCAAUCGGUCGUCACCUUGUCUCUGCACUGCGCCGAGCUGAUCGUCAACUUAUCCAGAGACGAGAAGGUAUACCGUGAACUCAUCGGGCCGCGGGGCACCAACGGUCACUACAACUCGAUCCUCGCUGCCUUCACAUCAUGGCGGACGCUCUUCUUGUUUAUCCUCAAGGCCGGCGUCCACUGGAUGUUCGGUCUCGCCAUCAACCUGCAGUACCAGCUCGGUGUCAACAUGCAUCCGCCCCAGAUCUUCUAUUUUGGGGCCUUCUCCCUAGCAGCUGCCAUCUUUGGACUGCUCCUCUCUGUUUGGCGUCCUAAGGGCUACCUGCCUGCCUCGUACGGUCACAUCCAGACCAUUGCCGAUGUCGUCGACGAAUGGGCCGACUCCGGGAGUAUGUUUUGGGGCGAAAAAUCCCGUGGCAACCCGGGAUACACUGGCACCAGUACCCACCGGCUCAAGCAGCCAGACGAGAGGAUGUGGUAUGGCGGUCAGCACGACUACAGACACUCGGCCCAGAACCGGCCCAGCGGAAUUCCCACCGAGAUGCACAACCUCAUCCCAGCGCCUCCGCCUUACUCUCCUGGUCCUUGGUCGUAUGCGCAUCACAACUCGUUUCCCCAAUGGGUGCAGCAAGCGCCCCAGGCGCAGAAUCGACCGAGUCACAGCAGCCUGAAUAGUGCCUACUCGGACAUGUCAGGCUUUUCGGGUUACUCGGGCUACAGCGCCCAGAGCACUCAGCCGUUUCUCUACGGCUACCAUGGGGGUUGAUCAGUAAUGGUGAGAGAGUGAGCAUGAGGCGGCGCCCGGCGUUUUAAGACAUGUAGCAUAUGAUGCAUUGAAGGUAGCUGCAAGGAAGUCAGGGAGAUCUGUACAUUGCUCGGCAUCCUCGAUAAAUGUUGGAAGAACGCAUGGAAAGAUCCGGAGGUCUCCUGCAAGCCUCAGUCUGUGGCUGCACUGUGGCGUGCUGGCAAUGCAAGACCAAGUGGAGUUCGAGUGCACGGAUCAGGUGGCUUGCAACGUGAGAAAGCAGAUGGCUGAACUUGAAUUUUCCGGUG